AUUUCGGCGCGCAUUUGACACUCGACCUCUCCGGGAAAGAUACACCGGUGGGAGGAAGGGAAGCGUAGUCCUGUGUAACCUGGCCCUGCUGUCACGGUCGGCUAUCGUUGCCUCUGACUACCCAUUUGAGGAACAUCUCGGUUCACAUUUGUGGACGACCGACGAGCCGGUUUCUUGUAACAGGACCUGAGUGUGGAGUAAUGAGAGUGGAGGAGUGAAGGAGGCAUCUGUCCCACUGGAGCAUUGGUAGACAAGUGGGAGACCAGGCAGGAUGCUGGAGGCAGAUGCAGACCUUGCAGGUGGAGCCGUGGAGGGAGAAGCGGAGACAACAAUGGGGAGUGUAGACCUAAAGGCUGAAGUAGUGCGACUGACUUUGGAGCUGCAGGAGGCCACUGAGGAGAAGCUGCAGGCAGCCCGCUAUGGCCUGGUGGUGCUGGAGGAGAGUGCUGCUCUCAAGAGCAAACACACACAGCUGGAGGAGGAGCAUGAAGCCCUCAAAGUGGAGCUACAGCAGCUCAAAGAGGCUUUUGCAGAUUCUGUGAGCAGCCAGAAACGUGCAGCUGCCGAUGGAGAAUGCCGGGAAGAGAGCCUGCUGCAGGAGACAGCCACAAAGGAGGCUGCCAUGGCAACCCGCAUGGAGGAAGUUCAGUCAGAGUUAAAGCAGGCGCGCCUCGCUCUGGGCAACGCCCACGCAGAGAUCGAUAGACUUGGAGUGCUCUCCACCCAGCUGAAGAAGGAGUGUGAAUGUCUGGAGGCGGAGAAGGGCCAUCUGAGAGAUGAGAUGAAGGAAUAUAAAGUGCGCGAGCUACGCCAGUUGCAGGACAGCAGCGAGCUAGAGGAAGAGAACACUUCUUUGCAAAAACAAGUGUCUGUGCUAAAGGAGAACCAGGUGGAGUUUGAGGCGAUGAAGCUGGAGUUGACCCAGAAGGAUGAAGAGCAGGAGGAGCUGCGAGCUCAGCUGGAUGAAGCAGCGAGGCUUAGGGAGAUUGCAGAGAAGCAGCUGGAUGAGGCCCUGGAAGCCCUGAAGGAGGAGAGGGAGCAGAAGAACAGUCUGAGGCGGGAGCUCUCUGCCCUGGCCCUCAACCCCUUUGAUUCUGUGGGAAACCUGGAGCUGCACCUCGAGCAGCUAGAUGACAGCCAGGAGGAGGGCCGGGGGGGAGAGGGCGAGGGAGAGGACCAGGACAGUGGCUAUAAUAAUGGUCCUGGGUCUGCUCCCAAUUCUACUCACCCUCCUCACUUGGCGGGCUCCAAGACUAACGGCCUCAUCCAGCGCUACUCCACCCCAAGGAACAGUGACGUAUUCCUGCGUGCCCCAGCCUCUGGGCUGGUGUCAGACCUGCUGAGUGAACUGCACUUUUCGGAUAGCCAGAAACUCAAACAGCAGCUCGUACAGGCAGAACGAGAGAAGGCUAGUCUGGCCAGUACAGUGGAGGAACUGCAGAUGCAGCUGAUGCUGUCAAAACAGGCCCUCAGCCAGCAGGAGGACAAGGUGGGCUCUCUGACCCAGCAGCUGGAGUCCGUGCAGGGCAGCCAGCAGCACAACGUUUCUGACAAGUCAGAGGACCAGUGCGAUGAUGAUGCAGAGAAUGGAGAAGGUGGCAAUGUGGACUUUGACUAUGAGCUGGAUGCCAAGAGUACGGAGGUGCUGGAGGCACGCAUGCGUGCAGCUAGCGAGGAGCUGCUCAAGCUGAGGGAGGAACUGUCCCAGGCAGGAGCUCGCUACAACACCCUGGAGCAGCGCUGCAAGCAGGAGAAGGACCGCUGGAGGGCGGAGGCUCAGGAGCUGGCUGACAAGAUCCGCCAGUGCAUCAAGUCCAGCAGGCAGGACCAGGAGCGCAUCAGUGAGCUGGAGAAGGAGAUUGGAGCCACACGGAAAGUGGCCAGUGACUCCGAGGGCCACUUGAGCGUAGCACAGGAGGAGCUGCUGGCCUUCUCUGAGGAGCUGUCCAACUUGUAUCACCACAUCUGUGUGUGCAACAACCUGACACCCAAACGGGUCACCCUGGACUAUUACCGUGAUGGCGCCAAGGCAGGUGGAGGAGGGGGCACUGGGCGGAGACACAUCCACCCCCACCAAAACUCCCACAGGAAACCACGUACCAAUGAUGUGUUCAUCUCCAAGGCUGCGGCGUUGCAGUUCAUGGGGGAAGUGGACAGUGCGGGAGCCACCAGAGAUACUCCUAAUUGUCCUGGAUCCCCCACUCUGGAUUUCAGGGACCCCUCCAAUGUUCGCAACUUGGUGGCAGUCAUCCGUUGUCAGAUCAAACACCUCCAGGUGGCGGUGGACCUGUGUCGCCAGAGGGGCGCGUUGCCUUGCUCAGCGCUUAGCAACAGCGGAGAGUCAGAGCGGGAUGCUGAAACCCUCUUGGAGGAAGUGCUGAAGCUCAAGUCCCUCCUCAGCACCAAAAGAGAACAGAUUGCCACCCUCAGGACUGUCCUCAAGGCUAACAAACAGACUGCAGAACUGGCACUGUCCAACCUCAAAACCAAGUAUGAGACUGAGAAGAGCAUGGUAUCAGAGACAAUGGUGAAGCUGAGGAAUGAGCUCAAAGCCCUGAAGGAGGAUGCUGCCACCUUCUCCUCUCUUCGCGUUAUGUUUGCCAGCCGGUGUGACCAGUAUGUCACCCAGCUCGAUGAGAUGCAGAGGCAACUUGCAGCAGCCGAAGAUGAGAAGAAGACUCUGAACUCCCUCUUGCGUAUGGCCAUCCAGCAGAAAUUGGCCCUGACCCAGCGCCUGGAGGACCUAGAGGCUCCUCUCUCUCCCCAUAGCCUCAGCAGCAGCCCCCGCCGCUCCCGGGCCAAGGAGUUGGGUACAAAGUCAGGCCGGGCCCCACGGAGUCCCCGUGGCAGCCCUGCUCGCCCACCAAUGAGGAACAGCCCACGUGCCAGUCCAGUUCUUGGCAGCAGUGUUCCCCCCAUGGCCACACACCAUCUCCGAGCCCUAAGCCGAAGCCUCCACACCAGCCCUCGCUGAAAAUGUACUUUCAUCACUCCAAAUCCCCACUCCUCCAUAAGGACCUGUCUUCAUGUUGAUCCCUCGGCUCCCUCCUCCUUUCCUGACCCGAGACAUCCUGUCCAUCCCAGACUUGACGUCACAUUCCCCACUCUACCCACCAGAAAAAUGGAUUAAAAAAAAAACAAACAAACAAAAAAAACUAAACCAUCUCUCAUCCUGCCCUCUUGGUCCUCUCUGCUGCUUGGAGCAGAGAUGCCUGCAUGCAGCCUGGAGAAGAAGGAUGAAGAGACCGUUUUGCUGCUCAUUGCCCUGUGAUGUCAUUGACUGUGUCUUGUCUCGAGUGGCACCAAUCUCCAUCUCAUGACCUUGUUGAUGGCUGUGUGUUGUGAUGAUCCACUGACAGUAUUUAUUCCAGACUGAUGGAUGUCCAUGUACAGUAUUUACUUUCCUCAAACACAGAAUUUGCAGGCUUCGUCUAACCGAACAUCCUUUCCUGUCUUUGAUCAUGCUACGUUUGCAUAUGCAAGACUAUGAUCUGUUUCAAGGCUGUACGUCUUGACACUCUUGCCUUUAGCCUGGCCUCCUGACCAGGCAUGCCUGGCUUCUUGUAGUGUCAGUAACCCAUUAGAUCAAGUGUUAUAACCCUCCCAGGUAGUAUAGUUUUAUAGAACAAUGCAGCCUUACUAACAUAAAUUGCUAUACUAAAAUUAAAGAGCUUGCUGUUGUCAUAAGGUUUAUACCUUUCAUCGGUGGUGCAGUUAAAUCCCCUUUUUUAUCCUGUGAUGCAUCUGACCCUUUGGCGCUGGCCCAUCAGCCAUACCCUUUAAACUUGAGGUCAGUAAACUGGUUGUUUCACUGAUGGAAAUAGAUCAGCCAUAACUUCACCACCUCAGGUCAAACGCAAGUAAUCAGAUACAUGAUUUGGGAUCUGUUUAAUGGGCAUCAUAUUUCCUUUGCAAACUAUGCAGACCAAGUCAGGACAGUGCCUGUACCCAUACUGUUGUUUAUUAGGAUCAGUGUGAGUUUUCAGGCUUACCAUCACUUUCAAUUAAUCAGCCCAUUCCACCCAUUGUACAGCAGUCAUUUGGCAUCUGUCACAGUAAGCGUCUUGUUGAAGUCAUGUAGGCACAUAGUCCACCUACAAGCAUCCCAAUUUGCUAGUCGUUUGCUCUCCUUCUUGUUGGGUUGUGGGGCUGCAAUAAUGCUGUGUUUUGUGUCACUCCACACUUCCAGAGGCUCAGAUUAACCUAUACUCACCAAGAAAAAUGUAAGCACUCCAUUAGGCCCUGGAUAUUUCUCUUGGUUACACAGCCUGGCUAACAGCAGCCUCAAGCCCAAUCAUUCAGCAUUGUCUCUCCUUUCAACGGCUAAAUUAUAUUCUCACUACUUCAGGGGGAAACUUUUACAUUUUGAAUUACACUAUUUCACCAAGCAUUUUAUGUGCAUUGGCACCUCGUUAACUAAAAAUCUGGUCUGUACCACAGUUAGCAUUCCAUGUCCAAACAUACAGAUAUCAACUCACAGCAAGCUAGUCGGGUUGCCUGUGGCUCGUAGAAUCCAUUGUUUUAUAGGAAUGCUAUGAAGGUAUUAUGGUUGCAGAAGGGCAAAUGAAGAAACAUUUCUCUACCUGCCUGUAGAAGAACAGAAUUUCAGUAGUAAUGCUAUUUGUUUAGCAGCUUUCAGUAAAGUCAUAAUGUGCUUCACAGCCAGUAGCACAAGAAGAAAAAAUGAAAAGAUGAAAAGAAAAUGUAAGGAAUUCAAAUACUUAAAACUAUAAAUCACAAUGAAACAUAUCCCAUUAGGAACACAAGAUGGGAAUGUUAAUAUAGACGUUUGAUGCUAGGUCUGUCUCUGAGGACAGCAGCGGAUCUACAAUGCAGUUUCUACUGCAGCUCUGCCUGCUUCAUGCGUUGCAUUUUAAAUUCAAAGAGGAUUUGAUAAGGCUAAUCAUAAUCGUCCAGUCAACUUGGAGAUGGCUGUUCUAAAAGAAAAUCUGAAUGCAAAAAAAAUGUUGACCGUAAUUUGUUCUAACUUGUUUUACCAUCCUGUGGUUUAGUAGAAGAGGCCACAUCCUGCUGAUAAUGUUUUUGUGUUGAAAAUUUAGUGCCUUUGUUUUCCUCUGGUCUCUUGAUUUUAGACUACAUCACUUUUUUUAAAAAAAAUUAUAGGCUACACUGUAGAAAUGAUGUGUAUUUUUUUUUUUUUUUUUUUUUGAAGGUAUGUUUCACUUGCUUUUGAGGAAACUCAUUGGGCAGUAUCAGCACUGAUUUUAGUGAUAUUUCAUUUUGGUAGAAUGAUUUCACUUUUUAGCAUGCAUCAUGAAUACCAUAAGUUCAUUAACAGUCAGUGUUUGACUUUAGCAUUCCCUGGAAUAAAUGACCAACAUCGGCAAUUCCUUUUGAAAACUGAAAAAAGACAAAAUUCCCACUACAGAUGCAGAAAAUACUACCAUCACCACAAUGCAUAGGAAUGAUACAGGUACAAUGUCAAGGUCUAUAAACAACCCAGAGCACCAGCAUGAUGAUGGUUAACUGUUGAUGAACUGGUAAGAGGGAAGAAUGCAAAAAAAGUGAAAAUGUUCUUCCAUAAUGAAAUGUUUUGAAAGCUGUAAAUGGAUUCUAUUUAAUUCACUCUUUUGCAGAUGUGAGCAUAAUUUAAUCAGUUAUUUCUGUAUAGUGUUUUUAAUUAACAACUGUAUUUAUGUGGUCUGCAUUUUGUGUAAAUUUGUUGUAGAAAAUGACAUGCACAUGCCCCCAUGCACAUUUGGUGGUCCUCAACUGAUGAUGUGUAUGCAACUUUAAUUUACCUUUGAACCACUUUUGUCAUGAAGAAUCAAUAAAACCAACAUGUUACAUGUA